CACUCGUUUGGCUCGUUUGAGAUGAGCGAGAACGACGGAGACCUGCGCAAUUGCGACCGCCGUCUUGCUAGUGCUUUGCAUGAAGGUUAGUAAAUAUUGUCCUACUUGCUCACUUGCUCUCUGGAGGCUCGACUGCAUGAGACGUUGAAAUCUCGCGGGACAAAGACGCCGGCAGCCUUGACAGGCGAGCUUUUUGAGACCUCCCCCAGUUUCAAUCGGCUAUAUUCGUCUACUUUCGAGGCGAGCCGCAGCUCAUCUCAAACAAGCCUAGUGACUCCUGCUCUACCGCUGGUGAUUGGAAGAAAAUCUAGCUUAUCAAAGUAGGCCUAACGAUCCAAAGGCGGGAACUCACUUCUUCCAGCGAAUCAUGGGGCGAGGAGUGUUUGAUUGACGGUCAUGGUUUUAACCGUUGGCGUGCUGGUGGAGGGGGAGGUACAUUGCUGCUAGACGACCUACCAACUUCAUGCCCAUCGUUUCUCUAGACAUUACGGUCAGUCAUGCCACUGCAGGCCUUCUCCUCCACUUUUGCUGAAACUCGAUUCUUCAGAGCUGGUAGUUUUAUCUACAAGAUCAAGAUAAGAGGAGGCUGCAGCUUCAGGGGAGAAGAGGUCAUGGGAGGAAACUGCUUCAAUCAGGAACUGGAGGAAAUUAUCAGAACGGUUCUUGGCAACCUGGACAGUCUCCAACCCUUCUUUAGUGCCCACUUCAAUAUCUUCCCCUAUCAAAAGCGGUGGGAAGGGGCGCGUCAGGUGGUGCCCAAACACGGUGACAGGAAGCUGGCAGCCUACCCCUACUGCCUGACCCUCUACCUGGAGAAAAACAUGCAGCAUGAGGAAGCAAAGCAAGCAGAGGAGAAGCUGAGCUCAGAGAAAGACGCUGCUGUUUCUGAGCCCCGGUCAAAGCGCUGUAGAAGAUGUUCACCACUAGAGGGGGCCAUACUAAAGGACUUAAACCAGGAUUUUGAGACUAUAAGCAAGGCUUCUGCGGUCGGCAUGCUCCCUCUGGAUCGUCCACAUACACUCAGAGAUGCAAAAGAAGAUGCAGGAUGCUUUGAUGAGAGAAAGGACGCACCACAGCAGAAACCAGGUGUCACAGUGAAAGGAAGUGGGACUCCAGGUGAAGUGCAUUCUGGGACAAUAGAGCCCAUGGAAGACGAUGAGGAAGAAGUAGAUGAAGAGUCUGACCCUGGGACCCCUGAGAGGCCAGGCUUUCUGAGUCGACUAGCCAGCCAUGUCUUCCCCUUCUCCCUGCUCUUUGGAGACCCCUGAGGGCCACGGCACGGAGACAGGAGCUGAUGGGGAAUGAAGCGGAAACUCGCCGGGGUUUGUUUAGUUCAAGUUCUGCACAGAGAACUCAGGAUUUGUUUUUUCAGGAACAUUUUAAUCGGCCUGUUUGUCUCCCUGUAUCCUCUUUGAAUAAUCUGUUAUAUAAGGGUCAUUAUUAAUCAUUCCUAUUGUUCAGACUUAUGUAAGAUUUUCUAAUUUAUUUAUAUAUCUUAAGUAUAUUUUAAUAAAACUAGUUCUUUAUGAGAGUUUUCUGUUGCAGCUUCUUAUCGAUUAACUUUCAUGAACUCCGACCCCCCUCCAAAUCUAACAAAAGAGCAGCAUGUCUUUUAUUUCUUAAGUUCUGUUAGAUUUAAAUUGCCUUCAUGAUCUGCGGCCUCAUUUGCAUCUGAUCUCUUUUUUCUUUGCCUACUGUUACGUUCCCUCCAAAGCUAGGGCUACGAAGGGAAGUAACAACACCAAACAAUAACCGGCCGAGAGGAAACUGAUCUCUGAAGCCAUAAGCAGGUCUUUUCAUUAACGCAAAGAAAAAGGGCUCACCAGCCAACUUGCAAAACAAAUCUAGAUAAAAAAAUAUAUACUGGAGACAUGGACACCACGCUGCACACAUCCAGCCAGGGGAGAAGGGGAGAGCGACUGCAACCUUCCUCCUGUCCUAUAUGGAGGCCCUGAUUGGAGAUUGGGAGCACCUGGGGAGAGGCUGCACCUGGGGAGAGGCUGCACCUGGGGAGAGGCUGCACCUGGGGAAAUCAGAGGGAGAGAGAAAGACACCCACACAAAAGCACCAACUGCGGCACGUAACACCUACACACUGCUUUAAUGAUGUUUUAUGUUAAGCAAGAGUUUGUUAUGAAUAAUGUACCAGUUUAAUUCAUCUAACUUAUCUUUCAUAGGAGUGCGUUGGGUGUUUAAUUCACGUUAGCACAUUCCACAUUCCCGCUUAUUUCCACUCUCGUGUGUGUGUGUGUGUGUGUGUGUGUGUGU